AUGAGGCUCCUCUUGAUCACAGCAAUUCUACUACUCGAGUUCACAGUAACUAAACAACUGAAGAAGUGCUGGGGUGAAUAUGUACAAGGACACUGCAGGAAAAUAUGCAAAAUAACUGAAAUACGUCAAGUACUAUGUGAAAAUGGGAGAUAUUGUUGUCUCAAUAUCUUGGAGCUGGAAGCACGCAGAAAAAUUACAAAGCCACCUCGUCCAAAGCCAGUGACAUUUGCAUAUACUUUCCCUCAAAAUGAAGAUAUAUAUACAGAAAGUUAUUCAAUCCUCAAGGCAAAUUCUACAUAA